AUGAUGCGUAUUCAAAAAGGAUUGCUUUUUAUUACCAGUGGAUGUGUGAUUUGCAUAAUUGCUUUUUGGGCGGCCUACAAUAAACCUGAUUACUAUAGUCUUAUUCUGUAUAAUAUCUGUGGAAGAGAAUAUUUUCAGCAAUGUAUCAGAUCAAAAACUUCAUGGAUUAGAUGUAUUGAAUACCUGGAUAUGAUGAGUAGUGAAAUGAAUGCAUUCAGUUACAAGUAUUCAUCUGGUUGGCCACCAUAUUCUCUUUUAAAUCUUAUAGAUAAACGUUUACCAGCCUUUAGUCUUGCCUUGAAAUAUAUUCCAUUUGUUAAAAAUGCAAACAUUUCUACAGAUGACGUGUUAACUUAUGGUACGUGGCAGAACUAUGAAUUGAAUGACACUGAUUAUUCAAUUUAUCCACAAAAUCUAAACUUUUCAAAACUUAUUUCUUCCAUUGAGGAUGGCAUUCCUAUUCAGACGAAACCAGUCAACAAUCCUGAAAUGUUUGCAUUGCGACUGCCUAAAAAUAUCUGCAAUCCAUACAAAAAUGAGGUAAUUCCAGAUUUAAUUGUUUUAGUCAAAUCCUGUAUCUACGACAUCUCAAAACGUGAUCGUGCUAGGCAAACAUUUAUGCAAAAUAAUUUAUGGCCUAAUUUCAAUGUCCAAUUUGUAUUUGUUCUUGGAUUACCUAUGGAAAAUGAGUCAAAUAUAUUUAAAUUCGAUGGAUUUACCAAUGCAUUGGAGACAAACUGGUGGUCAUUAUCUAAACAGUAUGCUGACUCUAAAUGGCCUUAUUUAAAGAAAUUAGAAACAGAAGCUAAUCUGCAUGAGGAUCUUCUCAUCGGUUCAUUUCAUGAUACAUAUUAUAAUUUAACGAAAAAGCUGAUAUUCACUUAUCGUUGGCUUUCAGCAUUUUGUUCAAAGCAAGUCCCAUUGUAUAUUUUCAUGGAUGAUGAUUAUGACUUAGUACCAAGAAAUGUUAUACAAUUUUACAGAAAUUAUACUAAAGCCUACUUAAGAAAUAUGACCGGUGGUUAUAUUCGUCCAUGUCUAACGGUGUUUAGACCUUUAGUAAAUGAAACAAGUAGUGUAUGGGCAAUGAGUAUAAAAGAAUUUCCUUGGGAAACGUAUCCACCAUAUUAUUAUGGUUUAACAUAUUUACUUGGUGCAAGUGUGGUGAAACAUUUGGCUAUAGGCAGCGCUUUUAUUAAAGAAAUACGCAUUGAUGAUGCUUAUUUAGGCAUUUUAUUUAACAAAUUAAAUAUAAAGCCUACUCAUUUGAAUAUUAUUUCUUGUGAUACAAGCAAAAGUGAUAUACUUUCAGGUGUAAUCAAUGUACAUUAUAAAACUAGUGGACAAUUAAUGAAUUGGACUAGUGGUAUGCCUAAGUAA